UUAUCCACAAAACCGUUGACAAAAAUGUUCGACAUAAUCACCACCAACCUCCUCUAUCUCCUCAUCCUCUCUCUACCAAUCCUCCUUCUCUCCACCAUCUUCCACCACCUCCCCCGUCACCGUACCACCACACCAUGUCCCCAAUCCUACCCACUCAUCGGCAACCUCAUCGGCUUCCUCCGCAACCGCCACCGCUUCCACGACUGGGUCACCGACAUGCUCUCCACCACCCCAUCUCUCACCCUCCAAGUCAACGGCUUCCUCCACCUCUCCCACGGCAUCUGCACCGCCAACCCCACCAACCUCCACCACCUCCUCCGCCACAACUUCCUUAACUACAUCAAAGGCCACCGUUACACCACCGUCUUGCAUGAACUCCUCGGCAACGGCAUAUUCAACUCCGACGGUGACAUGUGGUCCUCUCAAAGAAAGGUUGCAAGUCAUGAGUUCAAAACUAAAGCUUUAAGAGUGUUUAUAUCGGAUACGGUUCGAUUGCAGAUAUCAAACUCUUUGGUUCCUUAUCUUUUGUCGGUUGGAAAUUGUACAGUUGACUUGCAGCUUGUGUUGAAGAAGUUUGGUUUUGAUAACAUAUGUAACGUUGCCUUUGGGGUUGACCCGUGUUUGUUGACUUCAGGUGUUAAGGAUCCUAAGUGUUUGUUGUUUGUUCAAGCGUUUGAUGUUGCUGUGGAACAUACUUCCUAUCGGUUCAUGUCUCCGUUGCCGGUGGUUUGGAAGUUAAAGAGGUUUUUCAACAUCGGGAGCGAGAGGAAGUACAAAGAAGCAAUCGAAACAGUGAAUGAAUUCGCUAUGGAAGUAAUCAAAUCAAAAGAAACACAAAUUGGUGACAAAACUAACGAAGAUUUGUUAUCGAGAUUCAUGGCUUCAAGUUGGGAUAUGGGGUUUGAAGAUGAAGAAAGGAGGAAGUUCUUGAGAGACAUUAUCAUCAGCUUCAUACUUGCUGGUAAAGAUUCAACUUCAACUGCACUCACAUGGUUCUUUUGGCUAUUAGACGGACACCCGCAUUGUAAACACAUGAUCCACAAAGAAAUAUCUAUGUUAAUGACCUCAACCCACCAUAUUCAUGUUGGUUACAGAUUCGACGACUUGAAAAAUUUGUAUUACCUACAUGCGGCUCUAUCAGAGUCUAUGCGACUGUUUCCACCAGUGCCAAUAAACUCUAGACUGACGGUGGAUGAUGAUAUACUACCCGAUGGUACAUUCGUAGGAAAAGGGUGGUUUGCUGAUUAUUCGGCUUAUGCAAUGGGGAGAAUGGAGAGAUUGUGGGGGUCCGAUUGUAGGGAAUUUAAACCCGAAAGAUGGUUGGAUGAUGAUGGGAUGUACCAACAGUUAGAUCAGUAUAAGUAUCCGGUUUUUCAUGGGGGGUUUAGAAUGUGUUUAGGGAAAGAGAUGGCUUACUUACAGAUGAAGUCUGUGGUUGUGGCUGUCAUGCAUGAGUUUGAGAUUGAGGUGGUUGGCGGUGGUGGGACGCCAGAGAAGAUGGUGGAGCCGCCGUAUAGUCUGUCUCUUCUUUUGAAUAUGAAAAACGGGUUACAUGUUCGACUAAAGAAGAGGCAACAAUGAGUACCUGGAAUGCUGCAAGAGAAAAGGAUGAGUGGUGAUAUUAGUUCCAAUGACUUUGUUUUUGAGUGUUUUAGUGUGGACUUGGAACAAUAUAAAAUCAGACAUAAAUUUUUGAAGUUUUA